GUAUCCUUGUCGCCUCCACCGCCCAUGAACAUGGCGAUAGCUCUAGUCUUCUGCAUCCUUGUUGCCACCAACGCCCUCGCCCUCUUUCCUCAAUCCAUUGCCGUUGAUCCUGAUGUUGGCCUUGCCGCUCGCUACAAUCCCCCAUAUACACCCACUGCGUGCUACGGAAAUGAUCCGAAGCAACUACCCUCUGGAGACCUAUUUGGGGCCAUUGGAGAAAGAUUAUGGGACAAUGGGGCGGCGUGUGGGAGACAGUACCAGGUGAUGUGUAUAAGUGAGGCCAUCCCUAAAUUUUGCGUUCCUGGGAGAACAAUAACUGUAACCGUCGUUGAUCGCGCACAAACUUUGGAGAGUAGGCCUUCUAGUUUUAACGUCUCCUUUGUUCUCUCUUCAAAGGCAUACGAGUUGAUUGCAGAUCCUGCUGUUGCUUCAAUCCAAGUACAAUUUCAGCAGGUUUAACUUUUUUUCUCUUGCCAACUACUUAGUAAUUUCCUUUU